UUGUCGAAUUCGCGAUCUUUUUAACCCAAACUGUCUCGGGGAGAUCGUCAAAAGGGCAUCAUCCACUGUGCUUCGAAUCCGACAGUCUUGUCAAGACUGGCUGCGACGCCAUCGCAUUCGGGCGACAGCAGACGCCAGGACUCUGCCUGUUGACUGCGCAGCUUGGGUCGUCUCCUCUGAACGCAUACGCAAAGAUGCCGCCCAAGAAAGCGCAACCGAAGCCUGCAGCUUCAAGCAAGGUUGCAGUAGACAAGGUACAUUCCCCUCUGUUCUCCUCCCUCUCUCGCUCUCAGCGUACAUCGUCUGCACCGCAACGGGUGGAUCGCUGCACUGUCAAGUCUCGACAAAGCGCUCUGCUCGCGUCACACGAGCUCAUCUGCAAAAGAGCUGCUAUGCGAGCUUCGCCUAACUUCAUCCUGCGCAUCGUAUUGCUACAUGACAGCGCAGAGCUGACCGAUCGAUUCGGUAUGCUAGUCUUUCGGCAUGAAGAACAAAAAAGGUGGCAAAGGUCAAAAGACGAUCGCGACCUUGCAACAGCAACAAGCUCAAGCGGGCAAGAACAAAGAUGAUAAAGCAAAGGAACGCGCGCGAGAGCUCGAAGCGCAACGGAAAUUGCAAGAACAGAAGCGGCAAGCGGAAAUGGCAGAGCUGUUCAAGCCCGUCCAGGUUGCUCAAAAGGUACCCUUUGGCGUCGAUCCGAAAACGAUUCUCUGUAGUUACUUCAAGGCGGGCCAUUGCGAAAAGGGGAACAAGUGCAAGUUCUCACACGAUCCGAACAUCGAACGCAAGGCGGAGAAGAAAGAUCUGUACACCGAUGUACGAGAUAAGGAUGAGACGAUGGAGAAUUGGGACGAGGAGAAACUGCGAGAAGUCGUCAUGAGCAAGCAUGGCAAUCUCAAGACAACGACAGACAUCGUCUGCAAGCAUUUCAUCGAUGCGAUCGAAGAGGCAAAAUAUGGAUUCUUCUGGCAAUGUCCCUCGGGCGACGACUGCAAGUACCGACAUGCGCUACCGCCCGGCUUCGUAUUGAAAUCUCAACGGAAGAAAGACGAAGAAGACGAAAAGAAACAAGAGAUUUCGCUGGAAGAGUUCUUAGAAGUCGAGCGGCACAAGAUCAAAGGCGAGCUGACACCAGUGACGGCGGAUUCUUUCGCAGAAUGGAAGAAGAACCGGAUGAAUCAGAAGGACGCAGAAGCCGAUUUGAUACGAAAGACGAAACAAGCCACCGCGUCUGCGGGCAGGACGACGGGUAUGUCGGGCAGAGACCUCUUCGAGCUGUCACCGCUCCACUACGAAGAUUCGGACGAGGAGGACGACGGGGAAGACUUUGAUCUGGCCCGGUACAGACGAGAGACAGAGGACGAACGAGAUCGAGCUGAGAAGGCAAGGAUAGAAGCGCUGGGCGGGUCGGUCGCGAGCAUCCAUAUCACCUAGCGCCUGCAUCAGGACGAGGCUUCCCAAAGUGCUUGGGGCUUCGAUCGUGAUGGCUCU